AUGCAAAAAAGAAUUCACACUGGAGAGAAACCUCACAAAUGCAGAUUCUGUGACAAAUAUUUUAUGAAACAAAGUGCUUGCACCAAUCAUGAAAGAAUUCACAAAGGUGUGAGACGUUACAAGCGUAGAUACUGUGACAAAUAUUUUACAGAUCAAAGUAGUUGUACCGGGCAUGAAAGAAUUCACACAGGAGAGAAACCUUACAAGUGUAGAUUCUGUGACAAAUGUUUUGCACAAAAAGGUAAUUGUGUAGGGCAUGAAAGAAUUCACACAGGAGAGAAACCUUACAAGUGCAGAUUCUGUGACAAAUGUUUUACAGUACAAAGUGGUUGCACCAGAAAUUGCACUUUGCAUGAAAGAAUUCACACGGGAGAGAAACCUUUCAAGUGUAAAUUCUGUGACAAAUAUUUUACACAAAAAGGUAAUUGUACUUUGCAUGAAAGAAUUCACACAGGGGAGAAACCUUACAAGUGUAGGUUCUGUGACAAAUAUUUAACAGUACAAAGUAGUUGCACUUUGCACGAAAGAAUUCACAGAGGAGAGAAACCUUACAAGUGUAGAUUCUGUGACAAAUAUUUAACACAACAGAUCAAUUGCAUAUCUCAUGAAAGAAUUCACACAGGAGAGAAACCUUACAAGUGUAGAUUCUGUGGAAAAUAUUUUUCACAACAAAGGGCUUGCUCCAUUCAUGAAAGAAUUCACACAGGAGAGAAACCUUACAAGUGUAAGUUCUGUGACAAAUAUUUUAAAGAACAAAGUGAUCGCACCAAGCAUGAAAGAAUUCACACAGGAGAGAAACCUUACAAGUGUAGAUUCUGUGACAAAUAUUUUUCACAACAAAGUAGUCGCAUCAUGCAUGAAAGAAUUCACACAGGAGAGAAACCUUACAAGUGUAGAUUCUGUGACAAAUGUUUUACAAAAAGAAGUGGUUGCACCAGGGCGUGCUCCAUUCAUGAAAGAAUUCACACAGGAGAGAAACCUUGCAAGUGCAAGUUCUGUGACAAAUAUUUUAAAGAACAGAGUGAGUGCACCAUUCAUGAAAGAAUUCACACCGGAGAGAGACCUUACAAGUGUAGAUUCUGUGACAAAAAUUUUUCACAACAAAGUAGUCGCAUCAUGCAUGAAAGAAUUCACAAAGGAGAGAAACCUUACAAGUGCAGAUACUGUGACAAAUGUUUUACUCAAAACGGCCAUUGCAUUAAGCAUGAAAGAAUUCACACAGAAGAGAGACCUUACAAGUGAACCCACUGGGCAAAU